CUGUUUUGUAAGUCAUUGUGAAAGACAGCAUUGUGUGCAAUGUGAUUAUGAAAGAGGUACAGAGUUCAUCUGUUUUGUUUGUCUACUGUGCCACUGGUGGAUAUAAAGUGUCAGUGUGCAGUGGUACGCAUUGUGAGUCUACGAUCACAGGGAGAAGAAUGAAGUCUCUCGUGCUCCUUCUAUUGGUGGCUGUUACUGUAUCAUCUGUGCUGUCUACACCCCUCCCUGAAGACUCUGAAGCAGAGGUUCACAAGGAGUUUGAGACAUGGAAAGUUAAAUAUGGGAAGAGCUAUCCGUCUACCGAGGAGGAAGCCAAACGUAAGGAGAUGUGGUUAGCGACGAGGAAGAGGGUGAUGGAACACAAUGUGAGAGCAGGAAAUGGAUUAGAGAGCUUCACCAUGGCGGUCAAUCACUUUGCUGACCUGACUAAUGAGGAGGUUCCUAGAGGACUUUUGCCCAUGCCUCGACCUGAGGAAGAAGAGGUGGACAGAGAGUUUGAGAUGUGGAAGACUCACAAUGGUAAGACCUAUAACUCCACCGAGGAGGAAGCCAAGCGUAAGGAGAUCUGGUUAGCUACUAGGGCAAGAGUGAUGGAACACAACAAGAGAGCAGAGAAUGGCUCAGUGAGCUUCACCAUGGGGAUGAAUUCCUUCUCUGACAUGACUUCUAAGGAGAUUCCUAGAGGUGGACGUCUGGUUGUGUUUCCCAGUCGAGAUGGAGGGGAGGAAGCAGAGGUGGAUAAAGAAUUUGAAACGUGGAAGGUUCAACACGGGAAGAGCUAUGGUUCCACCGAGGAGGAAGCCAAGCGCAAGGAGAUCUGGUUAGCUACUAGGGCAAGAGUGAUGGAACACAACAAGAGAGCAGAGAAUGGCCUGGAGAGCUACACCCUGGCAGUCAAUCACUUUGCUGACUUGACUACUGAGGAGGUUCCUAGAGGGCUUUUACCCAUGAAUGAAGAAGCUUUGACCCUAUGAGGAAUGAACCAUUUUGAAAUGUACAAUAAAUAUAAACACUACACUUUCAA